AUGAACGUUCAACUCGAUAAUAUAUUCGAAUCAAAUGAGAUAAAGUCCCCUCUCCCCAAGAAUGGGUCAUUUCUGAUUCUACUUCGCCCUCCUAAUCUUGAGGUAGGACACUGGACGGCGGCUCAUAAUGGUGAAUUCUUCGAUAGUAUGGGGGAAGGACCACCGAAGAAGUAUGGUAUCGAUCGAUACAACACCAAGCAAUACCAAGGAACCUAUGGAGACUCUUGUGGACCAUUCUGUGUCCUAUGGCUAUAUUCGAAGCAAUACCGUAAUCCAGAUGUAUUCAAAACAAUGAAAGAUCUAAAUUUGACAACUCUGGAAUACAUUUAA